GAGGGACUUGGCCGUUGAUCAGGACUGUGCUUUACCCUGAGCCAGUCUUCAGGCCCGAUUUCCAUGUCUCUAAAAUGCUAGUCUCCGUCAGCAUUCGACAUCUCUUGCUUUCAUUCUGUCUCUCAUAGCUCCCUCAAUCUCAAUUUGACCGGUAUCAACUCCCCACACAUACCACAAUGACACAAGUCCACCCCGUCCUUCUACUCGGCAGCUCUCCCUACACAUCCACCUCAGAAGCAAUCACCCGUUUCUGCAAAGCCUUACCCACACUUUCCCGCGUAUCUGACGGCGAAACAAACGAACGCAGUUGCUUCACACUCUGGCAGCGCCGUGUUUUCCCGCCAGAAAUUCUCACAAAUCGCUUCAUGCCCGACACCCCCCAGAUCCACGACCCAGACUUCGUCCUCACCUUCGAAUCGCUCAAGCCCACAGGCUAUGCCGACGCUGCCUUGACCUCGUACCCCAUAUUCUGCUCUCUGCGCGCCCAAGGGAUCGUGCCCUCGCACGCGCGGUUUCAAGUCUGUCUACCCAGUCCUAUCAAUGCCGUGCUCGCAUGGGUCCGUGAGCCGUAUAUGGCGCUCGCAGAGAAGCUGUAUAUGCGUCUCAUACUCACCGACCUCGCCAAGAUUCAGCACGCAAUUCCGCCGCACGAUCUGUGUAUCCAGUGGGACAUCCCGCAGGAGAUUGCACAUAUGGAGCAUACUUACAACCCCCCACGUGCGGGCGGCUUCGGCUGGGACGUUAUGCUGCCGUGGUAUGACGAUGUGCGCGAGCAUAUCUGUGCGGAGUUGAGGGUGCUAGGCGAUGCGGUGCAUGAGGAUGCGGAGCUGGGAUUUCAUUUGUGCUAUGGCGACUUCGGGGGCGUUCAUUGUGUGGAGCCACUGGACGCAGGCAUCUUGGUGGAGGUGAUUAACGGCAUCGCGGCGAAUGUCGCGAGGAGAGUGAGCUACUACCACAUCCCUGUGCCCAGAAAUCGUGUAGAUGCGGGGUAUUUCGAGCCGUUGAGAAUGUUGAGUAUGAGGGCGAGAGAGAGCACCUUAUUUCUGGGGUUGGUACAUGCGCAUGAUGAGGAGGGGACAAGAGAGAGGAUAGAGACCGCGAAGAGGGUGCUUGGGCAUGCGGAGUUUGGAAUUUCAACGGAGUGUGGCUUAGGGAGAGCGAAGGCUGAGAAUCUGGCUUCAAUCUUCAAAAUUUGUCGUCGAUGUUCGGUUUCGAGAUCGGAAGCACAUAUUAGGCUGUAGGAGAAAGACAACAGAUUUCAAGCCUGUAUACUCGAACCAAGUUAUCUUACUUGAUGGUCAUCGAGAUCCCUAUAUAGACUAUGGGCAC